AUGUCCGACUCCAAGCCUUUGAUUGAGAACGACUUCUUCGCGGACCCAAGCGGUCGUGUUUUCAACAAUAAACUUUACAUUUACCCUUCCCAUGAUCGAAAGAAUGAUAUUGCAGAUGACGACAAUGGUAGUCAGUAUGACAUGGCGGAUUACCAUGUCUUGUCCAUGGAGAAGAUUGGAGGCAAGGUAGUCGAUCAUGGGGUCGCUUUUGGGUUGGAGGAUGUGCCUUGGGCGGAGAAACAGCUUUGGGCACCUGAUUGUGGAUUCAAGAAUGGAACGUAUUACUUUUACUUCCCGGCGAAGGACCAUGAGGGUGUUUUUCGGAUUGGUGUUGCUGUUGGUGACAAACCUGAGGGUCCCUUUGUACCUGAGCCGGAGGCUAUCGAGGGGAGCUAUUCGAUCGAUCCUGCUGUGCUGGUUGAUGAUGAUGGUCAAGCAUAUCUUUACUUCGGAGGGCUUUGGGGAGGACAGCUACAAUGCUGGCGCUCUGGUACCUUUGACAAAGAAGCCUAUUCCAGCAUGGAAUCCAGUGGAGAUGAACCUGCUCUUUUCCCUCGAGUUGCCAAGCUAUCGGAGGAUAUGAAGUCAUUCAAUGGGCCCGUGCAAGAUUUGAUCAUCAACGAUACAGAUGGCAAGCCUAUCCACUCCAGCAAACACGAUAAGAGAUUCUUCGAAGCCGCYUGGAUGCAUCGCAAGGGCGACAAGUACUACUUCAGCUACAGUACUGGUGAUACGCACUAUAUCGUGUAUGCCAUCGGCGACAGCCCUCUCGGCCCUUUCACAUAUGCAGGGCGGAUUCUAGAACCCGUGCAAGGCUGGAGUACGCAUCAUUCGAUUGUAGAGUUUGAUGGCAAGUGGUGGCUUUGCUAUCAUGACAACUCGAUUUCGGGACGUGAUAACUUGCGGUCCGCGAAGAUUCGGGAGUUGGUAUAUGAUGAGGAGGGUUGUAUCAAGUUGGCUGAGCCACAGUGUUGA